AUGUGGGCCAAGGUCACCAACAGAAUUUCCACCUACAGACCGGUCUGUGCUGGAAACCAGCACCAGCCGCAGCCACGCUCACAGGCAGUUACCAUCAAAAAGAAUUACUUGACAUCUAUUUUGAACAUGGCGACAGUGACGUUUCAUGGCGAAACCUGCUUUCCCCCGCAGAGCUUUAGCACAGAGAACUGCAGCCGUGCUGCUUUAUUUGCAAAAGCAGAGGAGCUGUUGGCGAAGAGAACGGCAGGUGGAGAUCCUCUGGCACGUUUUCUGAAAGGACAACUGUACUACGAAGAGGGGUUGUAUGAAGAAGCAUUAACACAAUUUGAAAACAUCAAGGAUAUGGAUUUUCAAGCAAUAUAUCAGCUUGGUGUAAUGCAUUAUGAUGGACUAGGCACUAAAGAAGAUCCUGAAAAGGGAGUGGAAUACAUGAAGAAAAUACUCGACUCCGAUUCCCCAAAAGCAAGGCACUUGAAGUUUGCGGCUGCAUACAAUCUUGGCAGAGCGUAUUAUGAAGGAUAUGGUGUUAAGCAGUCAACUAAAGAGGCUGAAAGGCUGUGGCUUAUUGCUGCAGACCAUGGGAACCCAAAAGCAAGCGUGAAGGCCCAGAAUACUUUAGGAAUGCUUUAUUCUGCAUCAGUUCUAAAAGAUCUGAAGAAGGCCUUUUUCUGGCAUUCAGAAGCAUGUGGCAAUGGAAACCUGGAAUCGCAGGGUGCACUUGGUGUUAUGUAUCUCUACGGACAAGGUAUAUGUCAAAACACUAAGGCUGCUUUGGAGUGUUUGAGAGAAGCAGCGGAACGUGGAAACAUCUAUGCUCAAGGCCAUCUUGUGGAAUAUUAUUACAAUAGAAAAUUUUACUCAACAGCUGCUGCAGUAGCCAAAAGGAUUACAGAAAAUGACGACAUCAAUACACUAGCAAAGAUAACUGAUUGUCUUCCUACAUAUGUAGCCAAGGGGGUUGCUAUGGCUGCUUUCUACUUGGCUAGGUGCCUCCAGCUUGGCCUAGGAGUACAGCAAGAUCAAGCCGCUGCUAAGAAAUACUAUUCUAAGGCAUGCCUUCUGGAUCCUGCUGUUGCUUCUGACCUUGAACUGGCAGCUAAUCUUGGGAGAAUUUAG